CUAUCCUAGUAAAAGUUCUCUUAUGGACAGGAUCAUGAAGAUCAUUGUCUUCAUUUCGUUGGCACUGUUGGAAUUAACAGUAGCAUAUGAAGAUUUGGCCGAAGCAGCUGCUGCAGAUUUAGCCUUAUUUACUGAUGAGGAAUUGGUCGUACAUAAACGGUCCACCAAGUGCUAUGGAGAUUUAGGGUGUUUUGGAACCGGUGCCCCGUUCUUCAGUUUGCAACGGCCAAUAAGUUUACUUCCAUUGUCACCAGAAUUUAUUGGCACCAAAUUCAGAUUAUUUACUCGUUCAAACCCAAAGCAUGAGCAGUUAUUGGAUUAUAAGAAUGUUAACUCCAUACAUAAUUCCCAUUUUAAUCCUUCCAAGCCAACCAAGAUGGUCUCCCAUGGUUUUAUUGAGAACGGUCGCGCCGAUUGGCUGGUGAAAAUGAAGGAUGAGUUUUUAAAGAAAGGUGAUUUUAAUGUGAUUAAUAUCGAUUGGGGAGGAGGAUCUCUACCACCUUAUGGUCAAGCUACAGCCAAUUGCCGAGUUGUUGGAGCUGUUAUUGCUAAACUCAUUGCAACUUUACAGAAAGAGACAGGAGUGAAACCAGAAACCUUUCAUCUUCUUGGUCACAGUUUGGGGGCACAUCUUGUUGGUUAUGCUGGUGAAAAGAUAAAACAUAUUGGAAGAAUAACAGGUUUGGAUCCAGCUGAGCCAUAUUUCCAGUAUACAGAUGUAACAGUUAGAUUGGACCCUUCAGAUGCUUUAUUUGUUGAUAUCAUACAUACAGAUGGUAUCAGUAUUUUAAAAUUAGGAUAUGGUAUGAUAGAGCCUUGUGGUCAUGUAGAUUAUUUUCCUAAUGGUGGUGAAACUCAACCUGGCUGUGAUAAAGAUCCUGUUACAUCUAUAGCUACUGAUGGUAUUUAUAAUGGUGUGAAGCAGUAUGUUGCCUGUAACCAUCUAAGGGCGUAUGAAUACUUCUCGGAAUCAAUUAAUACAAAAUGUCCCUUCGCUGGAUACCAGUGUAACAGUUAUGACCAAUUCAAGUCUGGAAAUUGUAUUCCAUGCUCUGGUAAUAAUUGUGGUUAUAUGGGUUACAACGCUGAUAAAGUCAAACCAAGAUCUGGACAUACUCAUGUUAAAUAUUACCUAGAGACCGCACAUAGUCACCCCUACUGUAGAUACCAUGACCAAAUACAGAUAACGUUUGGUUCGCAACUGUCGUCUAGAACUGAAAGAGGAUCAUUAUUUGCUAAUAUUAUUGGUGACAAAGGACGAACAUCUCGAGUUCAACUCGCAGAAGAUGACACGGAGAUAGAAUCUGGAAAGAGCUAUACUUUUAUAGUUUUAUCAACUGUAGAUGUGGGCAGUAUUCAUAGAGUAGAGUUCGAUUGGAAACACAACUCUAAAUGGUACAAACCUCUAGACUGGAAUAUACUCAAUCUCCGCCACCCAACUCUCUAUAUUAACAAAGUCAGUGUUACCAAUGGCGAGGCAGCUAAAUUGACAGCUUUCUGUGGACAUAAUACCGCUAUGGAAACGGGUCAGGUCACAUCCGUCUCACAAAAAUGUUGAAUGAUUUAAGAAAUAUAACUAUAAAUGUA